AUGGACACACACCAAUUAAUUAGCAACAUGAUGCUGAGAAAUUUCUACUCGGUAAUGGUCAUAACCACCACUUGUGUCUCAGUAGUAGUGUUCCCAGUUAUUAGCAAUGCAGCAGGCGCUCCAAAUCUUGGUGUUUGGAGACUCCAUUGUGGAUCCCGGCAACAACAACCAUGUGGCCACCAUUGUCAAGUGCGACUUCCCGCCUUAUGGGAGGGAUUUCGUCGGUGCGAAACCCACUGGAAGGUUUUGCAAUGGGAAAGUCCCUUCUGACUUUGCAGCCAACAUUCUAGGGUUAAAGGAACUAGUGCCUGCCUAUCUUGAUCCGACUCUGACGCUUCAAGACCUCGCCACCGGGGUAAGUUUCGCUUCAGGUGGUUCGGGCUAUGAUCCUCUAACGGCCAGGAUAGUGGUAAGCUUGAAUUGCUACUGAAUUUAGCUGAUCUCUCUGUUUUAGCGAACUAACCACUUGGUCCCAAUAACUCGAGUUGUUGGGAAAAUGAUAGUUAAACCUUUUAACUUCUUAUACGCCCCCUCAAACGAAAGCCGAUGCCGAAUUGUGGAUUUUUACGGUUUGCACAGGUUGAACCCUUGUGCUGCCAAACCACGAGGCUUUAGUUUGCACAGGUUGGACAUACCAUUCCUUGUGCUAAACGAAUUGGCAUGAAAUGAGGAUCGUUAUGAGGAUUCGAAACCAUGACCUUUCGGUUCUAGACUCUGAUACCAUGUUAGCGAACUAAGUAACGUCUUAAUUACCUGCCUUGUUUUUUGUUGGAGGGAAGUCUGUUCUGUCGCUAUCAGAUCAGGUGGAGCUGUUCAAGGAGUACCUAAACAAGAUAAGGCAAGGAAUGGGGGAGGAAGCAGCAGCCACCAUAAUUUCUCAAAGUGCCUACUUGAUAUGCGUAGGAAGUGAUGACAUUGCCAACACCUACUUCUCCACGCCUACUAGAAGGCUGCAUUACGACAUCAACGCCUACACCGAUUUGAUGGCACGCUAUGCGUCAACUUUUUAUGAGGAACUUUAUCGAAUUGGAGCAAGAAGAAUUGGGGUACUGAGCUUACCACCAAUAGGGUGUCUACCAUCACAAAGAACAAGCGGUGGAGGGCCUAACAGAAGCUGCUCAAACUCUUCUAAUCAAGCAGCCCAGCUCUUCAACUCCAAGCUCUCUGCAGUCCUUGAUUCCCUAAGCAAAACGCAUCCCGACGCGUUGUUCGUGUACUUGGAUGUCUACAAUCGUCUUACUUCCAUCAUCCACAACCCUAUUCGAUAUGGAUUUGAAGUGGUAGUAAAAGGAUGUUGUGGGACUGGGACUAUAGAAGCCAGCAUUUUGUGUACUUCAGUCAGCGACUCACACACAUGUAAAGAUGCUUCUAAGUAUCUCUUUUGGGACAGCUACCAUCCUUCCGAGAAAGGUUAUGGCAUCCUCAGCGACAUGGUCAUCAACGAAUUCGCUGCCAGAUUCAUGUGACAGUUCUCUUUUCCCUUCUAUAUAUGACCAAUCACCAAAUUUUAGGGUCAAAUAAAUGUUAAGAAUUGUGACCACGAAUUUGCCAUUCCUCCUCCCAAGUAUUUUGGAGGAUAAGUACACGUCAUUUUAACAGGAUUAUGUACUAUUAAAAUUGAAGCAAAGAAAUGUAGAAUUCCCAGCUACAAGUAGCUUUUGUCUGUCCUGUGGGAUCCAGUCCAGGCACCAUAUACUAACUCGUAUUAUAUAGGGUUAGUACUUAAUACGGCGAAUUUUAAUCUUGACUAUUAAAAAUAUAUAAUGAUUUAUCGCAAGACGCCCU